CUGGACGGGAUACUCAUGGUGUGGUUGGAGCCUCCAAGAUUUCAUGGUGAUACAGAUGUGGCAAAAGCUCACACUUGGAUCCGAGAGAUGACUAGACGUCUGGAUACCUUAGGCAUUCCGGAUGAGAGACGGGGAAUGGUAGCCUCGUAUUUUCUGAAGGAUAAGGCUUAUGAUUGGUGGUAUGCUCUGGGGCAGAGGAAAGAGCAACUCACUUGGGCAUCAUUUGAGAGAUUAUUUUUGCAGCACUUUGUGCCAAACUCUUAUCGCACGGAGAAGGCGAGGGAGUUCUUGACUUUGUUACAGAAACCAGAGGAGUCAGUGGCAGACUACAGUUAUAAGUUUGAGGAGCUAUAUGAAUUUGGGAAGAUGUAUGCCCCGGAUGAGGAGAGCAAGGCGGAGAGAUUCAGGCAAGGUUUGGUACCGAAUGUAGGUGCACCGUUGGCUAGUAUGAAGAUUGUUACCUAUGAUGAUAUGAGAGAGGAGGCUUUGAAGCAGGAGCAGAUUAAUAAAGAUUCAAAGAAAUAUUGGGAUAUUUUUAGCGGUCGAUCCUUGAGUGGUGGUACUGGAGGGGCUCUCAGAGGACAAAGGCAGGGGUGGUCUGGUCAGAAGAGGCAGAGGACAGACAGUCAGACUUCACAGAGCAGGUCUGGACAGAGCAGUGGAGGGCAGAGGUCCCAGGGAGGUAGAGGAUCACAGCAGGGACCGAGGGCUUGUUUUCGAUGUGGACAAAUGGGUCAUGUUAGGCACCAGUGCACUACUUCGGGACCUGAAUGUUUUGAGUGUGGCAAGGUAGGCCAUAUGCGGGCAGAUUGUCCUCAGAGGAGGAGAGACACACAUCAGAGAUCUGGGGUUUCAUCGGCUGCUUCCACACCUACUACCCCUCGUGCACCGUCGGUUUCCUCAGGCGGCUCUGUUGGAAGAGGACGAUCACAGACCAGGACACAGCAGCAGCAGUCACAGCUUCAGCCUGCAUUGACUCAGGGGAGAGUAUUUGCCUUAGGGCACCAGACAGGGUCUGAGCAUCCAAACUUCGUUGGAGGUGAUAUAGGUACUAGCGCUAGUGCUCCGACUACGGAUCAGCAGGGAGGAGCGUGACGCGGAUGGCCUGGACUUGUGAUGAUUUGUUGUUUAUUUUGUGUGGUCUUUGAUUAGUCUUAGGCUUAAUGGUAUAUUGGGAUAUAUACGUAAUGUGUGGGAUGAAUGAUGAUUUUGGAUGGUUAGGCUUGAUGCCUGGGUAUGUAUGUGUGUAUGAUGAGUUAUGUUUGAGAUGAUAUGGCCGGAGGCCCUGGAUAUUUAGUUUGGUGUUAUGGGAAUUGUGUGUUUUAAAUUGUUGUGUUUUAUGCAGGAGGCAUUCUCCGAUAUACGGGGAGGUGCUGCCGAAUUUUUGUGUAAAAUUUGUGUUGGUAUAAUGGUGAGUUAAAUGUAUUGA